AUGGAUAGUCAUCAAAAGCCGUCAAGUGCUCCUCAUGUACUGCUUUUCCCUUUGCCCCUUCAAGGUCCCGUAAAUUGCAUGCUGAAACUGGCCGAGCUUUUCUGCUCCAGUCAUCUUCAAGUCACCUUCCUUAACACCGACCACAUCCAGCGUCGCUUGCUGAGUUGCACCGACGUUUCUAGCCGUUUUAACCGUUAUGCUGGCCAUUUCCGGUUUGAGACGGUACCCGAUGGCCUCCCGGAAGAUAAGACGCUGACCGGAGAACAGAUAGGGGAGUUGUUGGAUUCCAUGGAAGCUGUGAGCUUACCACUCUUCAGGGAGAUUGUAAGGUCUAGCGUGCUUCUUUCUGAUGAUGCUCAAAAUCCCUUGACUUGUAUUAUAGCAGAUGGGGCUUUCGGAUUUGCAGUUGAUAUUGCUGCAGAAUUUGGAGUUGCACUCAUGUAUUUUGAUACCAUCAGUCCUUGUGGUCUCUGGUCAAUCUUAUCUGCAAACAGGCUUAUUCAAGCUGGAGAUUUUCCUUUUAAAGAUGAUGACUUGGAUGCACCGGUAACCAGCAUUCCAGGAAUGGAAGGUUUCUUGAGGCGUCGAGAUCUUCCAAGCUUUUUUCGCAUACCUGACCAAAAUGACCCAAUAAUCCAGCGCGUGUUAAAGGAGGAGCGACAAAUGAAGAGAUGCCAGGGCCUGAUUUUCAAUUCAUUUGAAGAUCUCGAGGGUCCAAUACUUUCUCAACUCAAAACUCUUGUUCCAAGCGUCUACACCAUCGGACCCCUCCACACCCACAAAGAGACUAGGCUUGCUUCAGAAAGAGGGUCAAAAAAUGAUCGCAGCUCCACAAAUAGCCUGUGGAAAGAAAACAACAGCUGCAUUUCUUGGCUUGACAACCAACCUGCAAAAUCUGUUAUCUAUGUCAGCAUUGGGAGUCUUGCCCUCAUGGGAAAAAAGCAGCUCCUGGAGAUCUGGCACGGUUUGGCCAACAGUGGAGUGCGAUUCCUGUGGGUUCAAAGGCCAGGGUCCAUUACCGGGUUAGACGAGGAAAAUGAUGCUGGGAUUCCUUUGAAAUUGUGUCGAGCUACUACAGAGAGAGGGUGCAUCGUGAGUUGGGCUCCGCAAGAAGAGGUUUUAGCCCAUCCUGCGGUUGGUGGCUUCUUAACUCACAGCGGCUGGAACUCGACUUUGGAAAGUAUAGUUGAGGGAGUGCCUAUGAUUUGUUGCCCAUACUUUGCUGACCAACAGAUCAAUAGUAGGUAUGUGGGGGAAGUUUGGAAGCUGGGGUUGGACAUGAAAGAUACUUGUGAUAGGGAUAUUGUUGAGAUGAUGGUUAGGGAUCUUAUGGAGGAGAGGAAGGAUGAAUUCUCGAAAAAGGUCGAUCAUAUGGCUAGAUUGGCUAAAGCAAGUGUGAGCAAUGGGGGAUCUUCGUACAAUGCUUUGAACCGUCUAAUUGAGGAUAUCAAGCUGAUGAGCCUGAAAAAGCCACUUUGGUGACUACGUACAACGUUUACCACUUAUCUUUCUCUUGGUGCUUUUGUUUUGGACUAAUGAUGUACCAUUGUUCUUUUGCUUUCUGGUUCCCCCUCCCUGUAACCACCCAAAAAAAAAAAAAAAAAAAAAAUUUCGUAGUGUAGGUUAGGAUAUCAAGCUCUUGAAAUCGUGGGAUCAUUUUCCUUUUUUGUUUUCUCUUGGUGUUAUUGUUUUCUCGUGCCCCCUCCUGAGUCCUGUCCUGGUAACAAAUAAUUGUGUUGCUG